AUGUCAAUUUGACAGACUGAUUUGUUGAACUGGUUCUGUGGUGCUUCGUGUUUUCUGGUUGCUGUAAUCAGUACUAAUUAUAUAUAGUUGUAUUUCUUUUCAGUUAUAAUUCCACGAAUCAUAAUUAGUGCAGCACCGUAAAUAACGGUUUUCUUUAACCAUAUCCUACAAUAACAACAUCAUGUUGGUUUUAGUACUUGGUGAUCUGCACAUUCCUCAUCGUUGCAGUAGCUUGCCUCUGAAGUUCAAGAAGCUGCUGUUACCAGGCAGAAUACAACACAUUCUGUGUACCGGCAAUCUCUGUACGAAGGAGUCCUAUGAUUAUUUGAAGACUUUAGCCAGCGAUGUCCACGUUGUUAGAGGAGAUUUUGAUGAGAUUUCAACAUAUCCAGAACAAAAAGUGAUUACCGUAGGCCAGUUCCGUAUUGGUCUCAUUCACGGUCAUCAAAUUGUACCAUGGGGUGACGAAGAGUCCCUGGCACUGGUGCAGAGACAGCUAGACGUGGACAUCCUCAUAUCAGGCCACACGCAUCGGUUUGAGGCGUAUGAGCAUGAAAACAAGUUUUAUAUCAACCCUGGAUCAGCUACUGGAGCCUUCACACCUCUCUAUCAGGAAACAAUUCCAUCAUUCGUGUUGAUGGACAUCCAAAGUUCGACCGUGGUGACAUAUGUAUACAAACUACUUGGAGAUGAAGUCAAAGUGGAAAGAAUUGAAUAUAAAAAAGCUUAACCAUUAUGUUAUGUUAUAGUAAAAUAGUUAUAAUUAAUUAUUAUAUUAUAUAAUAUAAAGAUUUUAAUUUUAUAUAGAAUGUAAACGUAAAUCUUUAAAAAACGCAGACAGGUGAUAAUGGUGAAAAAGGAGUUUUUAAAAAAAAAACAAGUAAGGAAUUAAAUGUUUUCUUUUAUGUAUGUUAUAAUACUUUUAAUUAAACCAUAAUUUGGUACUUUUGAAAUGCCAACACAAUUUUUUUUUUUCGCUUUGGCAUCCGAGUCUCUAAAACGAAUGUCAACACAAAAAAUACAAAAUAAAUAAUAGUACGUCAGUCAGUCUGUCAGUGAAGGUAGGUGCUCGUUUCAAAAUGUACAUUCGAAUGACGAAGAACGAACUAGACACUCCAUAAUCUACCGUUCAACGCUGAUGUUGAAUAAAUAUCACAAAAAUAUGUAAAAAAAAUUAAGUAUAUAAAAUCUAUUUUUUUGUCUGCGUUUUCAGAAGCGUCUGUUUACUCUCUGUAUAAUAUAGUGUUUAAACAACUGUAUUAGAUUGUAUAUUUAAUUUUUUACCGACAAUUAUGUUGUGAGUGGUAAGUUGAUCUUACCAUUAACGACUCGCACGCCAUCUAUAAUGUAAUGUGUUAAUGUACAAGAGAGACGCUCGUAGUAUUUGUCAAUUAGAUCUGUAUGGCGGUUCGGAUGAUGGGUCUUACUUAGAUAUUUGUUUAAUAUAUUUUAAUUUUAACACUUA